CCAGCAUCGUUUUGACGGAUCGGUCGACUUUUAUCGCGUCUGGGCGUCCUACAAGGAAGGAUUUGGCAAUCUGGAUGGAGAGUUUUGGCUAGGGCUCGACAACAUACAUCUUCUCACGACAAUGGCGCCAUCUGAACUGCGCGUGGAUGUCGAGGACCAGGACGAAAACAAGAGGUUUGCUGUCUACGACAAGUUUCACGUGGACACCGAAGCCAGCAAAUACAGGCUUACACUAGGCUCCUACCGUGGAAACGCAAACGAUGCGAUGACAUAUCACAGCGGGCAGAAAUUCAGCACAAGAGAUCAGGAUAACGACGAACAUUCGACGCACUGCGCGCAGGAGUACCUCGGAGCUUGGUGGUACAAAAGCUGUCAAUUUGCUAAUCUGAACGGCGAGUACGACAACAGCAACUACGCUCAGGGACUCUCGUGGAAAGAAUGGAGAGGCUACGAACACUCCAUGAUGACAACGAGCAUGAAACUUCGAAGGAUCGCCUAAUUCGACUCGCUUAUUAUAAACGCUAAGCACACGAAUUAUUUCCGAAUUAUUUAGCGGGAUUGCUAGCCCUAUGGAUGUGUUUACCGUCAGUUCUUAGUUCUGUUUUAUACCGUAGUCUGUGUACUGUAAGUUACCGUUAUUGUUACUACAACAUAUCAAUAAUUACGAACGAGACCAUUAAUUUACAUAACCAUGCGGUAGGCAAAGGUUGACUAACGCGGGCGGCCUGUUGCCAUGAUUAUAGGCGCAGACAAAAGAUAUCUGGCUAGAAUUAUGAAUAUCAUAAUCGAUAUUCAAUUAGCAGCGUUGAUUGGUUCCACAGUACUGCGCAUGUCAUGUGUAUAUGUAUAUGUCAUACGUGAACGACAUUUCAGACCUAAAUUGCUUGUUGUUACUUUGCAAUAUUAUACUUUAAUUUAAAUGAGAUAGCCUAGGAAGAUAAAUAAAAACAAACAAAAAACAAACAAGCGUUUAGCGGUAUAUGGAUUUUGAUUAAAAAUAGGUUCUUUAAUAUGAAAUCAGAAUAAUAAAGUCCAAUAGUUGUUAAUACCAUACACAAAUACUGACUGUAACGAGCUAUUUUUCAUUACAUCGCCAUAUUAUUUUGGAAUCACACUGGAAGACGUGAACGCAUUAAAAUCUAGCCGCGUAUACCUGAGAUAGUAUUCGACGUAUGAGAAGUUCCUGCUAUUAAGCCAAGAGACACUUGCAAUAAAGAAAGUAUUUACUCGUGCUUACACAGUUAUACACUACACACAACUUUUACAGUUGUACACCUGAUACAGGAUGCUGGCGUGCUCAGAGAUAAGAAAACGUUUGACGCCAUUGGCUUCAACUGCUACACACUAUAACAGUUAUAUUUAUAUACAC